CUAGCUAACUUUACUACUACUUUAUGCAAUUCUGUGCAAUUUUCAAAGAAUAAAUAGAAGCAGUGGGGCUACAAUGAUGGCUGAAACUGAAGCCAACUGAAUGCAUAAAUAUUAGAAGUAAACACACACAGCAAGAGCAUUCGCAUUGGCAUAAGAUAAGCGUGUCACAAAGAUUGGCAUGUGAGACAAACAAUGUAGAACUUGAAGCCAAAAGAUCAAAUAUACCUUUAAUUAAAACGUGAUGUAUGUGUAAGUGUGCUUAUGUUUAUGAGUAAGGGCUUUAGUAAACUCCAGUAUGUCUGCAGUGAUUUUUUUUGGGGAAAAUACGGUUGUUGUGCUCAUUCAUUUUCAUUAUUCAGUUGGUUGGUGGUGGCAUUAAAACCUUUGUGUAAACCAAGGAGGAGCAAUCCUUUGUAACUACUGUUUAAACCCAUUUAGGUCUGACUAAAAGCUAAGAAAAAAAUGUGCAUACAGGCAAACAGUUCUUCUCUGUAGGUACCUAUGCUGUACAAAGUUGUACUUGGCUGCUCAGUGCCGCAGUGGUUAGCACUGCUGCCUUGCAGCAAAAAGAUUCUGGGUUUGAUUCCUGGCCUGGGGUCUUUCUGCAUGGAGUUCUCUCCGGGUGUUCUGGCUUCCUCCCACAGUCCUAAAACAUGACUGUUAGGUUAAUUGGCUUCUAGGUGUGACUCCUGUUUCACCCUGUGAGCAUACCGAAUGAUAUGUGGUAGUUGCUCAUUCUUGACCUCCAACUGUUGUGAAGUCUGAAUUUGGCGGACAUCGCCCAGGAAGUACUUCUUGUGAUCAACGGCCUGAAAGGCGAUUGCCAGCAAUGCGUCGUGGAGCGCAUAGGGUGUGGCAGGACAAGACGCGUGACAGGACACUGCAUCCAUUCCUGUCUCCAGUCAUCUUGACCUGUCUUGCCACUUGAUCUAGAUGGUCUCAGACGAGAGAGUGAUGUCGACUUGCGAAACUCUUCCUCACUUUAAACAAAGUCAUGGGGCAAGUCAUAUAUCAUCCUUCCAUCUCAUCCCCUUUGACCCCAACUUCCCCAACCAUAGGAUGAAUAGAUGGCCCUCGUCGUAUUGACGGAAGAACAUGACAAGGUUGUUCAUACUAAUGUAGCCUCAGUGGUGGAACUCUUUUUGGUUUUUCAUUGAGUUUCAUCGUUUAUUGGUCAAAUAAAUGUCAGAAAAGGUUCAGUAGAUCCAGAUAUUUACUCAUGUUUAAGACAAUCUUCGUAAAGUAACGGGUAAUAAACCACUCCUCUGUGCUGACCCGUUUGUAUCACUUUCAACAUCCUUGAGACGUUAAGGUAGUUGUGUUAACUGAGCUGACUCCUGUUUCAUGGACUCAUCAGAUGGUUGCUAUGGACUCAUGACUCCACAGCAACAGCAGCAGAUUACUGUUACACCCUUAACGGGCAUCAGGCUGACUCAUCCAGCCGAGGCGAUGAGGAUGGUGUCUGGAAAACAAGCAGGUGUCCGGCCGAGAUUUGGUCCCUCCAAGAGAAUCUUGGAGCUGGCACAGCAUAAAACCUCAAAAACAAUCUGGGCGACGACUCCUUGUGAGAAGCUGAGGUGGGGCAACCAGGAGCCGAUACGGCCUAUCUCAUUUUCUGCACUCAGAGCUACUCCCAGUUCAAGAAUCCAAUACCUGGCCCAGCACAAAAGAGACUUCUCAGCAAGGGAGGACCCCCGGAGGAAACAGGUUGACGAGGAAGCAACAUGUUCCUUCAGGAAAACCAAGCAUCCUUCCUCCAAGGCGUCUCAAUAUGAAAACACUCUGCGCUUGUCAGCGCCCAGAAUCAGGAGCCGCGGUCCUCAGGAACCGGGGCCUCUGCACACACCUCAGUGUGAAAAUAACUGUCCUAUUUGGCACGUUGAUCCCAGAAUGAGAAAUGUUGUCAUCACUGCUCGAUUGCUGCAGCUCUCACAACCCAAACAGACACAUAAAGACUACAGCAGCAAUAGGGAGAGCGCAGCUUCUGUUGUCUCCUUUGCUUCCAGAGCAGCUCAGAUAUCUCAGAGAGUCGCCCAGCUGUCGCUACCUAAACUGAAACAGAGCAACAUCUGCUACCAGCUGGGACACCUUGAGGACACAAUCUGGACCGUCACCAGCAGCAAGAAAGGCUUCAGCAAGUGUUCGUGUUGAGCAGCUGGCAGCUCCAAAGCAGCUUCAUAAGGACUAUAUUCCUCCACGAGACCCAGUGUGGAGCCGGAAAAAUGCAAAGAACAACUGAGCUUCUGCUGAAAUAAUUCAGAAACUCACUACUUUUCUAGUUUGAACUUGAACUUGAAGGUGACCCUAUAUCUCCUGUCAUCCAUUUGUUUUUGUUCUGUGGUUGAAUCUUUAAAUUGUUAUGUCAUACUGAAAAUAUCUGCUUUUAACAUAUAAAACCCUGGUUUCCUCGAGCUGGAAACAUCGAUACAUGUGGUUUUUCCUCCACUGCUGAACUGGAUUCUAAAUUAUUAUUUUUUUUAUCACAACCACAUGUUUCGGACUUUGCACAAUGUAAAUGUGGUUCUCCCUGAGUAUUUUUAA